AGAAAAAAAUAAUCAGCUCUAAACAGGACAAAGAAGCGCUGUAAGAAUGGAAUCUUAUGAAGAAGAUGAUCUUUUUAGAGAUCUUUAUGGAGAUGAUGAGACAGAAGUUGGACAUUUAAAGGGCAAAAAAGAGGGAAAAACAGAGGAAAAAAGGGAAUCUAAGGGUAGGAAUGAAACGGGGAAAGAAUUUAGAACAGAAAUCCCGAAAGUUGGGUCGAAAUCGGGUGAUUUAUCGUGUAAUACAGAGGAAAAAGGUCCGGAGAAAAUGACAGAGGAAGAAAAAAGCAAUACCGAGUCAUUUCCUAUUGGAAAUGAAGGUAUUACAGAGGUAGAUGAAGGGGAUAUUAGUUUGAGGGGAGAAGAGGAGGUUUUAUGUAUAGAAAAUGAAGAUAUUUCAGGGUCUGUAGAGCAGACGGUAUCAGAAGGAAUGGGAUCAACAAUUAGAGAGGAUGGGAAAAUGUUUAUUGGAGGGCUGAAUUGGGAGACUACAGAUGAAUCACUUCGAGCAUAUUUUGAACAGUUUGGUGAAGUUACAGAGUGUAAUGUUAUGAGAGAUAGUUUUACAUUUAGAUCUAGAGGAUUUGGUUUUUUGACAUUUAAAGAUCCUAAGUGUGUAAAUACAGUUAUGGUAAAAGAACAUUAUCUUGAUGGGAAAAUUAUUGAUCCUAAGCGUGCUAUUCCUCGAGAAGAACAAGAAAAAACAGCUAAAAUGUUUGUUGGUGGUGUUUCACAAGAUUGUACAGAGGAAGAAUUUAAAGAAUUUUUUAGUACAUUUGGGAGGGUAAUUGAUGCUACAUUAAUGAUAGAUAAAGAUACAGGAAGACCUCGUGGAUUUGGGUUUGUAACAUUUGAAUCAGAAGCGGCAGUUGAAAAUGCUAUGGCCCAACCUUAUCUUGUGAUUCAUGACAAACAAGUUGAGGUAAAGCGUGCUACUCCUAAGGGAAAUCUUAAAGAACGGAUGAAUAUGACAAAAGAAAAAGAUGUAAAUGGAUAUGAUUAUCAAAGAAACUAUUUUGGUAAAGAUAAUUCUGGAUUUAACUUUCCAAUGGAUUUUCAAAGUAUGCAACAGUUUUAUGGUGGGAUGUCUCCUGCUAUUGUUGCUCAAUAUUAUCAGAGAAUGCAAGCAUAUAUGGCAACAAUGCAAAAUAUGGGACGAGGUAUGCAAAUUCCUGGUGGUAUGGGUAGAGGUAUGAUGCCUGGUAUGCCAGGAUUCCCAAUGGGUAUGAGUAUGGGUCCGAUGAAUCCUAUGAUGAUGAAUCAAAUGAAUAAUAUGAUGAGUGGUAUGGUAAAUUUUAAUAAUACGAAUCUUUCUUCACAAUCUACGCCUCAAGUGGCAGCGCAAACAUCAAAUCAAGAAACAUAUCAAGUACCAGACAAUGGUAAUAUAAAUACUAGAAAAGAUAUUCAAGAAAAAGAGGUUGUUCAAAAAACAGACAUAAAAACAUCUACUACGAAUACGACAGCGACACCAUCGACUCAACCUUCACGACCAACACCCCCACCUAAUGCGCCUACUGGUCCAUCUAAAUCAGCUUCUUUUUCACGUAAUCAUAGAACGGGUUAUUCUCGUAAUGGAAAGGGACAUAGCUUUCACCCUUAUCAAAAAAGAAAUCAAUAAAUACUAACAAAACACUUGGCAUACUGAUAAUUAAGUCAUACAUGCU